GGCCGGGCUGGGCGCCGCCGCCGCUGCUGCCGCUGCUGCUGCUGCUGCUGCUGCUGCUCGGCGCGGGGGCGGCCGCGGGCAGCGAGGUGAACGCCGAGGCCUGGCUCCGGCUCUAUGGCUACCUGCCGCAGUCGAGCCGGCAGAUGUCCACCAUGCGCUCCGCUCAGAUCUUCUCUUCCGCCCUCUCUGAGAUGCAGAAGUUCUACGGGAUCACGGUCACUGGCGUCCUGGAUGAGGAGACCAAAAUGUGGAUGAAGCGUCCUCGUUGUGGGGUCCCAGACCAGUUUGGGGUCCAGAUGAAGUCCAAUAUGCGGCGGAAGCGGUACGCGCUCACGGGGCGACGCUGGAGCCAGAACCAUCUCACGUUCAGCAUCCAGAACUACACGGAGAAGCUGGGCCGGUACCACUCGUACGAGGCCAUCCGCCAAGCCUUCAGGGUGUGGGAGCAGGCCACGCCACUGGUCUUCCAGGAGGUGCCUUAUGAAGAUAUCCGGCAGAAGCGGAAGAAAGAGGCUGACAUCAUGGUGCUUUUUGCCUCCGGCUUCCACGGAGACAGCUCCCCCUUCGACGGCAUGGGGGGGUUCCUGGCUCACGCCUACUUCCCUGGCCCGGGGAUGGGAGGGGACACGCACUUCGACUCGGAUGAGCCCUGGACGCUGGAGAACACGGACGUGUCUGGAAACAACCUUUUCUUGGUGGCCGUGCAUGAGCUGGGGCACUCGUUGGGCCUGGAGCACUCUAGCAACCCCAGCGCUAUUAUGGCCCCCUUCUACCAGUGGAUGGACACGGAGAACUUCCAGCUGCCUGAGGAUGAUCUCAAGGGCAUCCAGCAGCUGUACGGUACUGCAGAUGGGCACCCUCAGCCCACCAAGCCCUUACCCACCGUGACACCCCGGAGACCUGGCAGACCAGACCAGAGACCCCCCAAGCCACCCCCGCCUGGGAAACCGGAGAGGCCUCCCAAACCUGGCAACCCAGACCGGCCUGACCAGUAUGGCCCCGACAUCUGCGAUGGGAACUUUGACACGGUGGCCGUGCUGCGAGGGGAGAUGUUUGUGUUUAAGGGUCGAUGGUUCUGGAGGGUUCGGCACAACCGGGUGCUGGACAACUACCCCAUGCCCAUUGGGCACUUCUGGCGGGGCCUGCCCGGGGACAUCGAUGCCGCCUACGAGAGGCACGACGGGAGAUUUGUCUUCUUUAAAGGGGACCGGUACUGGCUUUUCCGAGAAGCCAACCUGGAGCCCGGGUACCCCCAGCCCCUGACCAGCUACGGGCAGGGCAUCCCUUACAGCAACAUCGACACGGCUAUCUGGUGGGAGCCCACGGGGCACACCUUCUUCUUCCGCGGAGACAGAUACUGGCGCUUUAACGAGGACACGCGCUCGGCGGACCCGGGGUACCCGAAGCCCAUCUCCGUGUGGGUGGGCAUCCCUCCGUCGCCCAAGGGCGCCUUCCUCAGCUCAGACGCUGCCUCGACCUACUUCUACAGAGGCGCAAAGUACUGGAAAUUCGACAACGAGCGGCUCAAGACGGAGCCCGGCUACCCCAAAUCCAUCCUGCGGGACUUCAUGGGCUGCCACACGGAGCUCGUCCCCGACCCCAACCCCAGGUGGCCCGACGUGGACCGGCCGCCCUUCAACCCCGAUGGAGGUGGCGGGGAGCGGCCCGGCGGCGGGGCCGAAGCCGCCGAGGACGAGGCCGAGGCCGAGGAGGAGGCCGAGGAGGAGGAUUACGGGGCGGGCGGCCCCGAGGCGGGCGGCGGUGGUGGCGGCGACGUGGACGUGGUGGUGCAGCUCGACGAGUACGCGCGCACCAUGAGCGUCGUCAUGGUGCUGGUGCUGCUGGCGCUGCUGCUCUGCAUCCUCGGCCUCAUCUACGUCAUCGUGCAGAUGCAGCGGAAGGGCGCGCCCCGCGUCCUCCUCUACUGCAAGCGCUCCUUGCAGGAGUGGGUCUGAGCCCGGCCCCCCCUCCCGCCGCCGCGGCGCCCCCGGGACGGAGCCGGGGCCGCCGGGGCCCCCUGUGCGGCAGGCUCCGAGCGCCGGGGCGCUGCUCGGCCGCGCCGGGCCGGGCCAGGCCGGGCGGCGCGGAGCGGAGCGGAGGGAAAGGCAGGGCCGAGCUCGCUGCCGCUCGUUUCCUGUUUGCGGCGGGGCGCGGGCGGACGGGAGGGACGCCGCCGACGCCGGGAACGCGGGCCGGGCCGCGGCGCCUAAAGAUAGCUCGGAAACCCGAGCCGGGAAAGCGGGCGAGGGGCCGGCGCCCUCUGCCCGCGCCCGGCCGCCGGCCGCCCGCUGCCUCCGGCUCAGCUCCUUCCUCCCGCCGCUUCCUCCGCGCUGCUGGGGGAAAGCGGCGCCGGGGCCGCGCUGGCGCCCGACCCGGGGCAGCUCGGCUGGCGGCGGCGGCGGCCGCUCGGGCCUCUCGCCUUGUACUCGCAUUAAACCGGUCGGGCGCGUGGA